AUGUCGUUCUCAUCCAAGAACCUUGGAUUUGAUAAAGACGUCACCACAGCCAGUAUGGUGAUAGACAACCAUACCUACUGGCUGGUAUCAGCAUAUUUGGGCCACGACCACCAGGGUCAACUGCCUGGUACCAUUCUUGAGAAGACGGUCGCUGAAUCAACAAGACAGAAAACAAACCUAAUUAUCGGUUGUGAUGCCAAUGAGCACCAUACUACAUGGAGUAGUACCGAUAUAAAUAACAGAGGUCGUAACGAUUCCAGCAGCACAGAAAACUACAGAAAACAAAGAUUCAACGAUGCUUGGUUGGAGCUACUUGUAGAUUGCUUCAAGGGCUGGUUAUCCAAAACGGAUGAUGUUUUUAAAUGCAAAUGUGAAGCUUGUGACAAGAUUCUGUACUGUGGAAAGUCAAAAAUUAAGAAACACGCUAUAACUAAAUUGCAUCAACGAAAUGUUACCUCAAUUAAAAACUCCAGAAAUGUGAAUUCAUUCUUCAAGCCAAAACAAACUGUCCAGAGUGUUGACCGAGAAACAAGCAACUUCGAAAUAAAAUUAAGUUUGUUUUUCGACGAGCAUAAUGUUGCUUUCGAAGUUAUUGAGCAUUUGAAUCCACUUCUUAAGAACAUAGUUACAGAUUCGAAAAUAAUUAAAAAUUCCAAGCUGGGAAGAAAAAAGUGUACCAGCAUUAUUAAAAAUGUUUUAGCCAAAGAAGAGACUGAGGAAUUGGUCGACAAAUUAAAGAAAUACAAAUUUUCAAUUAUGAUUGAUGAAAGCACGGAUAUCUGCUUAAAUAAAUUAAUGUGUGUAAUGGUACGAUUUUUUGACGAUGAAGACGGAAAAGUCGUUGUGAGGUUGCUGGACUUGCUAAAAGUUGAAUCUGACUGUUCUGCUGAAGCUCUUUACAAGAAAUUCAAAGAUCUCAUUUUGGACAAUGAAAUUCCCUUUGAAAAUAUUAUUGAUAAGCAAAAGGAUUUAUUCAUAAGGCCUACUUGCACAAAUUAUAUUAAGCAGCAAUUGGUUGCAGAUAAUCAGAAAGUAGUUGUUAUCAAGUGUAUCUGCCAUUCAGCAGCCAUUAUUGCAAAAAAAACUUGCUUAACUUUGCCCAGAGCACCUGAAGAAUUGCUUCGACAAAUUGGUAAUUACGUUUCUGGAAGCUCUAAACGCUGUCUGCAAUUGGAGUAG